AUGACUACUACUGUUCCAAAAGUCUUUGCAUUCCAUGAGUUUUCAGGUGUGGCAGAGGCUGUUGCUGAUUAUAUAGUAUAUGCACAAAAUGGAGCAUUGAUACCAAAGGAAAGAAGGCCAUCUAAUGUUAAUCUUAGUGAUAAUAGUAGUAUUUUAAGUGGGAUUAGUACCAACACUACAAAUAUGAAUUCAACUAAUGCUUCAACUUCUGAUAUGCAAAGAGUUUAUUCAAGUAAAAGUGUUUCUUCUACAAGAGAAAAAAAGGAAAGACCUAAAAAAGAAUUAAGAUUUAAGAUAGCUAUCUCAGGUGGAUCUUUAAUUCAAGUUCUUCAUGAGGGUUUAUUGAAAAGAAACGAUAUUCAAUGGGGGAAAUGGGAUAUAUAUUUUGCAGAUGAAAGAUUGGUGCCUUUUGAAUCUGAUCAGAGUAAUUAUGGCCAAGCAAAAAGAGAAAUUUUCGAUUUAAUUGACACAGAAAAAUAUGGUACGCCAAAUAUUUAUCAUAUUGAUGAGGCAUUAAUUAAUGAUCCACAAGAAUGUGCAGACAGUUAUGAAAAAGUUUUAAUUAAGGGUUUUGCAGGUAGAGACUCUGUGAAACUUCCGAUGUUUGAUUUAUUUAUCUUAGGGUGUGCUCCUGAUGGUCAUAUUGCGUCUUUGUUUCCAAAUUUUCAAGAAAAUUUGCGUGAAAAGUUGGCUUGGGUGGUGCCUGUUGAAAAUGCCCCAAGCGGUCCAUCAGAGAGAAUAUCUUUAACAAUCCCUGUUAUAUGUCAUUCUCAUAGGGUCAUUUUUGUCGUGGAGGGUGCUACAAAAGCUCCAAUUAUAAAGACCAUUAUGGAAAGGCCUGAGAAAGGUUUACCAAGUAGUAUUGUCAACGAAGGCGCAGCUGGUCGUGUGUCUUGGUUUGUUGAUGAUGAUGCAUUAACUGACGUUUUUGUUACAAAGAAAAACUACAAAUACCAUCAAAAAUUAGAGUUCAAUAACGAUUCAUUUAAAUGA